AUGGCAGUGUUGAAUAGGAAGGUGGAUUCUGGUACCCAAGGCAGUUCACAAGGACAAAAGACUACAACGACUACUCUGGGUCAUGAUUCUGGUGACGAAUAUUUAUCCCAAGGUGAAGAGGUGUUUGAUGGUAACGACAUAGAAAACAAUGAAAGGAAAAUUUACGAAGAGUCCUUAGACCUUGAUUUGAAGGAUAGUGAUCGGCGUAUUUGGUUAGUGCGUCUUCCAAAGUUCUUAUCAGAGAAAUGGAGGGAUCCAAAGAACUUGAAUGGUCAGGAGUUGGGAAGGAUCAAAAUCAACAAGAAAGAUCAAUCCAUCCAGCUCAUUCUUAAUGAUGACAAAGAUAAUGAGGAAAUCCCGCAUGAAUACGACUUAGAGCUAACCAAGAAACAAGUCCAAAACCAAUAUAUUUUCACUGAACAAAAUUUAAAGAAGUACCAACAGAGAGAACAAGAGCUGGCAGCCGAUCCAGAAAAACAGAAGCAAGCCUUCCUACGGAAGCAGGAAAGGGAAGAGGAACUUAAAAAGAGACAGCAGCAGAUGAGAAGGAGAUAUAAUAAUAAAAAGAAGUUUCAGAACAGGGUUAUGACAGAUAGAGACGGAAGGGAUAGAUAUAUCCCUUAUGUCAAGACUAUCCCCAAAAAGACGUCUAUCACAGGCACUGUCUGUCACGAAUGCCAACUAAUUCCCUCCAUUGACGAUCCAAAUUAUCACAAAAUUGUCGAACAACGGAAGCAGAUCGUUAGAAAUGUCCAUAAACCAACCGUCACCGUCCUCGACGAAACCCCCGGUGUCACUAUGAGCAAUGCCGGUCUAUCUAUGAGAUCAGACACCUCAAAGUUCUUAAAAGUCGGUAAGGAAAGAAAGAACAACCAAAGAGCAAUCCGGAUGCCCAAAAAGGAACUUUUGGAUUAUCUAUUUAAACUAUUCGACGAGUAUGAUUACUGGUCUUUAAAAGGUUUAAAAGAACGUACUAGACAGCCUGAAGCCUACUUGAAGGAAUCCCUCGAUCAAGUGGCUCUAUUGGUGAAGAAGGGCCCCUACGCCCUAAAAUAUACCUUAAAGACUGAAUACAAGAAGUUAAAGGAAGCCGAAAGAGCUGCAAGGUUGGGCGAACUAGCGGGCAUUGACGAUCAAGCCGAGGGCUCUUCUAAUGGAGGCAUUGACAACCCACUGGGAACUGACCGUAACCAAGAAGACGAAAAUGACGAACUGGAAGAUGUGGAGAUGGAAGAUGUCCUAUGA